AUGUGGCCUCGCAAUGAUGUCCAAAUGGACGAAGGAUCGAUGACGCCAGAAGACCAGGAACCGGAACCUGCCAUUGAUCAGGACAUGGAGUUCGAUGUUAACUUGGAAGAAAACUCCUACAGCAAUGGCUCUGGCUCCAGCUACAAUGCUGACAAGCUAUCAUCUUCCAGCCCACUUCAACAUAAGUUGGACUUAUCCGCUUCACCGACACAGAAUAAUGAAGCGAAUCCACGGGUUGAACAUUUGGUUGCAUUAUUUAAGGACCUCACUGUUGCUGAACAGAUGGAAGCUUUUGCCCGGCUGGUUCAGGAAUCCAAUAUGUCAAACAUCCGUCAAAUGCGAGCUAUCAUAGAACCUCAUUUUCAGAAGGAUUUCCUUUCUUGUCUACCCGUAGAGAUUGGCAUCAAGAUUCUACAGAAUUUGAAUAGCACAGAUCUAAUGAAAGUUGCGCAAGUGUCGAAGAAUUGGAAAAUGUUGUCAGAAGUGGAAAAGGUUUGGAAAAGCCUUGAGGAUAGAGGCUUCAAAAAUCUACUUGAACCAAGUGAUCGCACUCGAGGUGCCUGGGAAGCUACUGCCGUUAUCCCUGGUGUAAAUAUUCCUGAUCACGUAAACCAAUGUGAAAUCAAUAUCCAUAGACUGGUGAAGCUCCUAAAGUAUGGACCGAUUUACGAGCGCUCCGCGGACAAGUCUCGUUAUCUUCGUGGCGAAAAAAUCGAGAAAAACUGGCAUUCAAGACCUAUUAUGGGAUCAGCUAUUCUUCGAGGACAUGAAGAACAUGUAAUAACAUGCAUGCAAAUUCACAAUGACUUGUUGGUCACUGGAUCUGAUGACAAUACUCUGAAAGUGUGGUCUAUUGAUGACGGAGAAGUCAAGCACACUUUGAACGGUCACUCUGGUGGUGUUUGGACAUCUCAGAUCUCUCAGUGCGGUCGAUAUAUUGUCAGUGGAUCCACAGAUCGCACUGUUAAAGUAUGGCGCGCUGAAGACGGCUUUCUUCUUCAUACACUUCAAGGACACACGUCAACUGUUCGCUGCAUGGCGAUGGCAAAUACAACAUUGGUAACUGGAUCUCGCGACUGCACUUUACGAGUUUGGGACAUCGAGACAGGACUCCAUGUCAGAACUCUACAAGGUCAUCAAGCGGCCGUGCGUUGUGUGCAGUUUGAUGGAAAUAUUGUUGUCUCGGGAGGAUAUGAUUUCACUGUGAAGAUAUGGGAUGCUUUCUCUGGAAAAUGUCUCCGGACACUGAUUGGGCAUAGUAACAGAGUUUAUUCUCUCCUCUAUGAAAGCGAGCGGUCGAUUGUAUGCUCUGGUUCUCUAGACACAUCUAUUCGCGUUUGGGAUUUCUCAAGACCAGAAGGUCAGGAAUUGAUAGCGUUUCUAUCAGGACACACUUCAUUGACAUCUGGCAUGCAGCUGAGAGGAAACAUUCUCGUGUCAUGUAAUGCUGAUAGUCAUGUGAGGGUUUGGGACAUCUACGAGGGAACGUGCAUUCACAUUCUUUCGGGACACCGCUCUGCAAUAACUUCACUCCAAUGGUUCGGCAGGGGUUUGGUGGCCACCAGUAGUGACGAUGGAAGUGUGAAGCUCUGGGAUAUCGAACGAGGCGUGCUCAUCCGUGAUCUCGUCUCAUUAAACUCGGGUGGUAACGGAGGAUGUAUAUGGAGACUUUGUUCCACCCAGACGAUGCUCGCGUGUGCAAUUGGCUCUCGUAACAAUACCGAAGAAACCAAAGUGAUCCUUCUUGAUUUUGAUGCUAAUCAUCCAUAA